AAAAUGCUGAUUAGUACUUUGAAUAGUGCUUGGUAUAACCGCCAGCCUGACUAAGGUGGAGUAUGAUUUCAAAGAUAUGUCGUAGAUUUUGCUACAAAUCCGCAGUAAGUCUAGCACAGGCCGAAAAGAUGUGCGAAAGGACACACCUUGUGGAUGGCCCCAAUGAUUUCAACAGAUUUGGGAACGUAAAGAAGAUGAUGUGCCUAUUCCCAUUCGUUGUGAAAGAUUCGAUACCCCGAGCAGACCACGAGCUGCAUGAGGUGGUCGAACGUUACGAGGAACUGUGCUACUACACCGGACCUGAGCGCGACCUUUACCCCGGUCCAGUUUUGCUCGAUUGCUACACGGCUCUGGAGUCACCCGAAAAACAGACACGCGCCAAUCUGAAGAUGGCGACCAUGUUAUCUUGGGCCUUCGAACACGCAGCGACCUCCAUUCUAAUUGCUGAUGACGUCAAUGACGAAAACUUAGAACGAUGGAAGAAACCAAGUUGGCAUACACUCCCCCAUGUUGGUAUGCGAGUCACAUUGGACGGGAGACUGAUCACGGCGGGUGCCUUUGAAAUUCUUAGAAAAUAUGCGAUUAGCCAUCCCAAUUAUAGAGACUUCCAUAAACUUCUAGCUGAGAUAAUACACCAAAGUUACCUUGGACAGACUCUAGACAUAGCCACGUCGGACCUCUUCAAGAAAACUAGAGACAUUAGUGUACUAUCAUCCGAUCGAUUCCAUGCCAUAACUAAAUACAAGACAGGAUUCAUUAUGUACGGCGCGCCUGUACUUUCCGCAAUCUACCUUGCAGAGCAAAACCCCAAGUUGUAUUUCGACUCAGUGCGCAUCUUUGGAAAUUUUGCGAUACACCGCCAGGCUCAGAACGACAUGUUUGACACCUUCGGUAACUACGACAAUAUUGGAAGGCAUAGUACCGAUAUCGCGAAUGGUAAGUGCACCUGGAUUACGUCAAUGGUUUUGAUCCACGGUAGCGAGAAGCAAAAGAGGCUUCUCCGAGAAAACUACGGAAGAGCGGAGAUUAGUUGCCGAAACGUUUGCUACCGAAUUUUUGACGAACUGAACGUAUUCGGUAAAUACGUGGAGAUGAAACAAGAUUUAGUUAGGUCAUGUGCUGAACGUAUCAGUGAGGUCUCACAUCCUGGAUUCGCCAGGAUGAUCGACACUCUGCUAGAGCACUACGUUUUAAAGGAUGAUUUCCUAUUGUAGGUGCACUUCUACACGGGAUUAUUCCAAUGCCUUCCAUUGGUGCGACAAAAGGAAAUUAGCUAGAAAAGGUCUAUUAAGUAAGAGUUUCUUAAACUGUGGUGGACUCUUGAAGAAUCCGUAGCCACUCGAUAAAAUUUAAACGUUUUAAGGCACUUAGAGACUCAUGGCGCCUUAAUUCUUAGAAACCCCUAGAUACUUAAGAACUAGAAAAAAACUCCUGAAGUAUCUUGGAGCUUGUUCAAACUUUAAAGGUUAUGUAGGAUUCUCGCGGGGUCUAUAAGUCUCUUCGAGUCUCCGAACUUGUUUUAAGGGAUUUUAAAUACCAUUAAAUACUGACGUGACUCACCUUAAUAAAUAAGAUAACCGUAUUGAGGUUAUGCGGUUUAUGUGCUCAUAAAUUAUCAUAAUGGUUAUAGGGCAGGCACACACAAAAUGGAAGUGUGUGACAGAACAAUAAAAAAAACUAACGUUUCGAGCGUACCUAAACGCUUAAUGUGGUUCUAAAGAAAUUGAUAUUUUAGCUUGUGAAGGAGGCGAACGGAGGCCGUCGUUGAGAUUCCAAUUUAGAGUAAAAGAAAUUUUGUCAGAAAUCCGUCAAUAUCAUAAAAUUCAAAUUCCCUAUAGGAGCGCUUCAAGGUAAUGUCUUUUCAUUUAACACUCAUUAGUUGUGCUAAAUGGAUAAUAAUUUGUUCACCUUGAGUAAACGUAACAUUUCAGUUGGAUAAGCUCAGGCAAGGUAGGUCGGUCGGGGUGAAUAACAAAGCAAAAGUAGUAGUAAACCAGAUAGUCUUCAGUCGAUUUCAAAAGAGAAAGGGAAUACUUACCGAAAGGGGGAACAAAGCAGACUGAGAUCCUUGUUCUGGGUUUGAUGAGCUAAAGAAAUAGAAUAUUUGCCAGGGUAGAACAUAAACAAACGGGUGAUUUAAUAAAUGAUCUCAAAAUAUUACAAAUAGGACACUGUAAUACCUAGAUCUCAAAUGUCAAUGUUUGUAUUUAGCUCAAUUUUUAGCAAGGAGGGGAUCAACUCAUAGGUCAAUAGGGUCUAUAUCAAAACAAAUCGAAUGUACCGAAAUCCAGGAUGUAAUCAAACUUUAUUCACGAUCAUAUUGUAAUCAGUCUCAUAAUUGUCAUUUUGAAGGAUAAGGAAGUUGUGUUUUACAGCACUUAUUUUUCCAGGAGGGAGGAAAGUAGAUUCUCGAGGUUAAUAAUGUUCGAUUCGAGGUUAGUAAUAUUUCAUUACCUACCUCGAUUUAGUUGCUAAUAUCCUAAUGGAUGGCGCUCUCAUCGUAACUGUCUGACACAGAUGACAGCUGAUUGGGCGACGAAACCUUCUGCUACUGCAGCCGAUCUACAGCCACCGAACUGUUUUAAGUUGAAGAACUCCACCGGCACUUGCUAAUAUUGUAGUGAUGAGAUGCCAAAAACAAUGUCCGGUAAUUAAAUGGCUAUCGUAUUGGAACAGGUGUUUAGUGACUACCUGAUUGGAUCUGGAGAAUAAAUCUUUCGUUAUUGACAUCUACACAGAUUAUAAUACUAAUAUUGUAACCCAGUCUAAAUCUGUAAUCAUAAAAGAUCACUGUAGGUACAUUUUAGAAUAAUAAAACUGACAUGGUCAUUAGGCAUUA